AUGACGGACGAAACGACGCUUCCUAUCCUGUUAAAGUUCGAGCCCAACAAGAUGGCGUGGAUGUCUUGGAGGUCACGGUACCAGAACUUCAUUAAACUCCAGAAGGUCACCGAAGAGGAGCAGAAGCGGGUUCUACUGGAUUCAUUAGGUGUGGAAGCCUAUGAAAUGGUACACGCUAUGUGCCUGCCGAACGAUCCAGCCGACAAGACACUCGCAGAAGUUCUCGCUAAACUCGAAAGGGCAUACGUGAAGAAGACACUGAAAUCCACCGAAUGGGCCAAGUACUUUGUACUGAAGCAGGAUACGGGCGAAACUCUUUUGGAUUUCGCAAAUAAACUCCGCAAAAAGGCCAUCCUGUGUAGCUUUCCGGCAGACGUUCUGGAGGACAACAUGAAAGCGACCUUUUUGAACGGGCUGCAGGGAGAGGCUACCAGGCGACAUCUGAUGUCGAAGGACUACGACACACUGGAUAAAGCUCUGGAGCUGGCGGAACAGUUCGAGCUAUCCCAGGCUAGCGCGAAGAAGGCGCCGGGCGGUGUGGAUGUAGCAGGCAUCAGUGGUGGGCUGAGGCGGAGCGGCGGCCAAAAUCGUCAACGCGGAAAUCGUCGUGGUAUGGGACAGAGAGCGCGUGGCGGCGGAGCAGGCCAGGCCGCGGCGAGCAGUGGUGCGAAGUGCUACGGCUGCGGCAAUUCGGGCCACGUCCGGGCAGACUGUUGGGCGAAAGAUGUCACCUGCCGCAAUUGUAACAAGAAAGGUCACAUUGCGAAGAUUUGCACUGCGCCCAGACAGAACCAGCAGCGUGGAGACGGACGACGCACAAUGCUAGUCGAAGAAGAGUUCGACGUGUUGGCAGUGGAAGCUGCUGGCAGCCAGUCCAUACGCAUACCGCUGAAGUUGAACGGCACGCUAGUGUCAGCAGUGCUGGAUACGGGAUCGGGCGUUACCAUCGUCACGGCGGAGACGUGGAGGAGGAUUGGUUCGCCGCGACUGUCACCGUAUACGCAGCCGCUGAGGAGUUUCACUGGCCAUGCGCUGACAGUGAUCGGAACCGCCACAGUGGACGUACAACGCGCUAGUGUACGGAAGCAGUUGCCGGUGGUGGUAGUGGGCCGUGGUGGCGAUGUGAUCGGCCGCGACUGGAUACGCGCCUUGGAUUUGUGCCACAUGAGCCUGCGUGACCUGCAGUCCGGUGCAUUGUACAGCGUAGCCAGCAGUCUGGAGGAAGUCUUCGACCGGCGCAAGGAAGUGUUUUGCGAUGAGUUGGAUCACUGCAAGCGAGAGGCGGUCGAGAAGGACCUGGAGCGUUUGGUGGAGCGCGGCAUACUCACUCCAGUCGAACACGCCGAUUGGGCGGCGCCCAUUGUGGGGACGCUGAAGAGGGCUGGAGAUGUGCGAACGUGUGCCGAUCUAAGCACUGGUCUGAACGACUCGUUAGACGUUCAGAAGUAUCCGCUCCCAACGCCUGACGAAUUAUUCGCCAAGUUAAACGGCGGAGAGAAAUUCAGUACCCUGGAUCUCGCCGAGGCGUAUGCCCAAGUGGAACUGGACGACGACAGUAAACAGCUUGUGGUGAUUAAUACACACAAGGGACUGUUUCGGUAUAACCGACUGCCGUUCGGCGUCGCCAGUGGGCCCAGCAUAUUCCAGCAAAUCAUGGAGCAGAUUCUCCAUGGUUGCGAAGGCGUGGCCAUAUACCUGGACGAUAUCAUCGUCACCGGCGCCACGGAUGAAGAGCACCUGCGAAACCUCGAAAAGGUCAUGGCGCGGUUGACAGAACACGGACUGACGCUGAAGCGCAGCAAGUGUCAUUUCAUGCAGCUGUCUGUGGAGUAUUUGGGCUUCAUCGUGGACAGUCGUGGCCGCCACAUUUCGAGAAAUCGUGUGAAGGCGUUGCUGGAUAUGGGUCCGCCGAAGAACGUAAGUGAACUGCGCGCAUUUCUCGGCAUGGUCAACCAUUAUGCCAAAUUCGUAAAGAAUCUGUCAGCGAAGUGCCAUGUAUUCCACAACCUCCUGAAAGCUGACGUGACCUGGGCGUGGUCAAAACAAUGCGAAGAGCAGUUUGCGGAGCUGAAGCAGGAGAUUGCCCGAGCCACGUUCUUGGUGCAUUACGACCCGGCGAUGCCGCUGAUUGUAGCAGCCGACGCAUCGCAGUACGGCAUUGGAGCGGUGCUGUGUCAUCGGUUCCCGGACGGUACGGAAAGACCGAUUGCGCACGCAUCCGGAGCCUUAACGCCGCCGAGACCAGAUAUGGGCAGAUUGAGAAGGAAGCUCGCCCUGGUCUUCGGGUGCAAGAAAUUCCACCAGCGAACAGAAGAGUUUGGCCAGGCGGACGGGUUAAGCAGAUUACCACUGCAUUCCACGGAGCUGACCGAGUUGGGUAACCUGGGAAUGGACAGCAUAGUCAAUGCUGUGCACACGGAGAACGCGGGACGGUUACCAGUGUCGGUAGAAACUGUGGCAAAGGAGACUUGCGCCGAUGCGGAGCUCAGCAUCGUUCUGGAUUACGUCCAGACUGGAUGGCCGAGCGUCGUGAGAGAAGGGCUGCGACCGUAUAAGCGGCUAGAAAGUGAACUGGUGACAGUGAACGGGUGUCUGUGCUGGGGCACCCGGACGGUGAUUCCGAAGAAGCGCAAAGCGCAGAUACUGUCGUACCUGCAUGAAAGCCACCUUGGAGCGGCAAAGAUGAAGGGUGAAGCCCGCGGGUACUGUUGGUGGCCGUCCAUGGACCGGGACGUGGAGCGGGUGUCCAAAGCGUGCCGUAUAUGCACUGAACGUGCUGGAGAAACGGCGAAGGUCCCGCUGUCACAGUGGCCAGUGCCCGUCGGACCAUGGAGACGACUCCAUGUUGACUUCGCCGGACCGUUCCAUGGCACGAUGUUGUUCGUCGUGGUCGACGGCAUGUCCAAGUGGCCGGAAGUGGUCUCGAUGCGACAUGCAACCACGGACGCAGUGAUUGAGGCUUUGCUGGACAUGUUCAGCCACUACGGGCCAUGUACUGAGAUAGUGUCAGACAACGGCACACAGUUCACGUCCGAGCAGUUCAGCGAAUUCUGCCAGCAAUACGGCAUUAGGCAUUUUCGGACGCCACCGGGACAUCCCCAAUCGAAUGGCCAAGCGGAACGCUACGUCCAGACGGUGAAGGACGGCGUCUCCAAGCUCAUGGCCGACCAAAAGCGCCUGCCGGUUGCGCUGAGGGAGUUCCUCUGGCGCUACCGUAACGCGCCUCACGCAACGACUGGGAAAACGCCAGCCGAGCUGUUUCUGGGUCGGAAGAUGCGCUCGACGCUGGAUCUGCUAGUCCCUGUGCUGCUGACCACGGCAGAAAAGAACAGGGAGCGCCACCGCCGAAACUUCGACCAGCACACAAGGAAGAAAGACUUCCGGUUGGGUGAUUUGGUCCUGGUGCGAGACUAUCGCCCAAGCCGUGCAGUGGACUGGAUCAGUGGCAAGCUGAUUAAGCGCGAAAGCCGGCUGAUUUGGGAGGUGCAAGUGAGCGAUCUGCUGUGGAGGCGACAUGCAAACCAAAUACGCCCUCGAUUUUGGUUGGAGACGCCGGAACACACGGAAGCAGAUACCGGGAAUGGUCAAACGGCCGUGGAGACAUCGGUAACAUUUCCUCCGACGAAAGUAAUGGAGAAGACGGUCUCGCCUGCCAGAGCGCGCACGCCGACGUCACCAACGCAGCCGCAAUCGGAGGUUAAACCACAGCCCGAGGUGAUGGUACAGCCGGAAGUGAAGCCAACUUUCCGCCCAUCACACAGGAACUGA